AUGGAAAGAACUGACAAACAGCCGAUUUUUUCCGCCCAAAGGAACAAAAUCGAGCCAACAUUUGUUCCGGAGUGGUUAAAGUCAACAAGCAGUAGCUCGAAUCAAAUCUCUGGAUCAUCCUUUCAUUCAGGUAUCGUCCUUUUCUCUAUGCAUUCAUUCUCUUUGAUAUCUGUCUUUCACCACCAGACAUUCUUAUAUUUUGGUGGUUCGUUUAUUUCCCUCACAUUUUCUCUGGUUUAGAUGAUCGUGCUAUAGGGAUUUUAUCAAGGAACAGGCCAUCAGUGAAUGGAUGCGAGCAUGAUAGUCCGCGCUCUUCAGUCACUGCAGAAAGAAACCUGUUAUCCCACCACAGAAGUUCAAGCACGAAUGGUUCUCCGUAUAAUGACAGAGAGAGGCCCACUCAUCCAAGGCCGUACAGUAGUUUUGGUAGAAGCAACCGAGAUAGGGACCGAGACAAAGAUGCAGAAUUUGUUGACAAACAGAAGUUGUGUCACUUGGAAAAUGGAUGCAAUGGCUUUCCUGACCUCUCGUUAGCAAGCAGGUCUGAGAAAGAUGCAUUAAAAAGGUCACAGACCAUGAUAUCAGGAAGGUAUAAUGACUCUUGGAAUAAAGCAAUGGGGAAUGGCACAGCCUAUGCUCGUUCUAGCGCGAGUAUUGUGAACAACAUCAGCAAAGCAUCGUUUGAGAGAGAUUUUCCUUCUCUUGGGACUGAGGAGAAACAAGGAUCUCUUGAGAUUGGCAGGGUCUCCUCUCCUAGCUUAAGCAGUGCAGUUCAGAACCUCCCCUUGGGAUCAGCACUCAUUGGAGGUGAUGGUUGGACCUCAGCGUUGGCUGAAGUACCUGUCAUUGUUGGAUGUAAUGGACCACAACUGACAUCUAUGCAGCAAGCUACUCCCACCAGUGCCAGUUCAACCACUCUAAGUACCACGAGUGGCUUAAACAUGGCUGAGGCAUUGGUACAAGCUCCACCACAAACUCGCACUAUCCCAAAGGUUUUUUUUUUUAGUGAUGUUGUCAUGUUUUUUAUAUUUCUUGGGCUGAGGCAUUAGGUUGACAUUUCCCUAAUGCUUAUUAUUUCUAAGCGAUCUUGGUAUUUUGUGGCAGUUAUCUGUUGACACGCAGCGACUGGAAGAAUUUGCCAUAAAGCAGUCCCGGCAAUUAGUUCCUGUUACACCAUCAACAUCUAAAGCUUCAGUAAGCAAGAAAUACCCCUGCACACGACAACUGAAGCUUGACUGGUUUUCUUAUUUGUGAUCCGCUAUCAUAAUCAGUCAUUUAACUUAUAUAACAUUUAUGAAUCGAUAAUGUAUGCAUUUUUUAGCAUUGUAAUUUUUUUAUAUUAUUGUUUUCUAUGUGAUCUGAAUCUGAUGAGAAAAUGAGAUUACUCCACUUGGAUUGUUGAGAGGAUUUUUUAUGUAUCUCAUCACCUAUCCGAAAUAGAAGGCACUAUGUUAAAUUUCUUUCGGAAAUAAGAUUUUUUCAGUCGGAUAGUAAUUGAGUGACCUUCUUUGGUCCAAACCAAUGAAUUGAUUAGAUAUGAUGCAAAAAAAUUGUUCUUUUAUCGUAUAUCAGAUAUUUACCUAUGAAAAAUCCUCAUUGGCGUUUAAAUGUGUAAUAUUUGUUGGAUGAAAUUAUUUCAGUAUUAUAGUUUUAACUUAUAAACAUAAAUGUUUUUACACUAUGUUUCUCAUUGUAAGAUAAUCUGAAAGAGUUUACGUUGAGUCUUUUACAGAAAGAUCCCCUGAUUUCGUUUUUUUAUCCUUUUUGUACUUUGAUGAUGAUAAUUGAUCUAUUUGAAGCAAAGUUCUAAAGAAUAUUUUUUAAGCCGUGGCUUUUUAUGUUUCUAUAUACGUGUGAUCUUCAGGAAUGUUUUUUACUUUCAAAUUCAUUUUAUUCUGUUUUCCUAUUAUGUGUGAGAUUGUCUUCUAUCUGAAAAUCCAAUGUAUUGCAAGAACACUGUGUACAGAGUUGUUAAAUCGUGACCCUCAACAAAAUCCCCAUCGUUCUGUUUCUGGAGUUUUAUCGGGUGAGCUGGCUUACCGUGUUUUAUUAGUUCAGGGCAAGGUGAUAUACCACUCUAAUUUAAGAUGAAAUAAUCACAGGUACAAGUCAGGUCUGGUUUUUUUGUUCUAACCGGUGAUUAGUUUUCGUUCCCUAUUUGAACUGAUAAAACACUAUCUUCUGCGUUUUUUUUUUUUACGGGGAUAUGGGUACAGAUACCGACAUAAUCAUAACUUCCCUGGAUUCUUUACUUGCUUUAGCUUGUCUACGAAGUUAGCCGUUAAAAUGCGUUUGCAGUGAUGGUAACUUUUGAAUGAACUCAUUUCGUAAUGAAUCUUGUUUUAUGUAUAAUUUUUUUCCCAAUAAGCAGGUCAAAAAAUAUUCGAGAUUGCAACUCAUGCUGUGUAAAACGAAAGUAUUCCCAGAGCUUGGGAGAAAUUCUUUGAAAUAGGCACCGUUUUCAGUUCCCAUUGUUACAGAAGUUCCAUGCUUGCUAAUAUUGGAUUUUGAACUACUGUGAAAUGAUUAAUCUUUUAUCAAUGCUAAAACUCCAUCUUUAGGUGAUGUCAUGUGGAGACGAGAUCCCCUAGAACAACGUCUUUUCUUAUGAAUCCAUGUGAACAAAAUUUUAAUAGCUUUCGAUUCAAAAUGAAUUGUUAUUAGUCCAACUAGUUUUUAUUACUCUCCAUUAGCUUCUAUGGUGCAAAGCUCUGUUUUGGUCAUUUCUGAUUACCCUUCUAUGUGCCUUGACCAAUCAAAACAGGAUUUUUAAGUGUUUCUUGAGAAAGAGAUGCAUCUUUCUUUUAUAAUCCAUUAUGGGGGAGAUAUUCAGACGGGAAUCCAUUGUAUGCGAAAAAUAAGAAAAAAGGGCCAGAUCAUUGAAUCGUGGGCUUCCCAGUUAUUUUUCUCUAGGAAAUAGUUUUUCAGAGUCCAUUACACAUGAUCGAGGUUCGAUUUGUGUCAUUUCAAGAACAAUUUUUCUAAUCGAUACCCUCUCUUUUCUCAAAUCUUGCUCAAAAUGUUGCCUCGUGCGGUAAAAAUUGUCACUCUGUAAGGUCUGCAUAUGACUGUCGUCUCACAUGGAAAAUUGUAAGGACGGGCUCAUAAGUCUCCUCUCUUUUACCUACAGGUGUUGACCUGUCUAUGCAUUGUGGUUUAAAUGCCUAAUGCACUUCAAGACACUGGAGAUUCAUAUGAUUUUGUUUUUAGUGUUCAGUACUUUUUUUUCUUUUCAUUUUUGUGUUCUACAGCGAUUAGAAAAUGGGAAUGCCUGGGAAGAAACCAUUGCCUUAUUACCUCACAAGUAUUUCCUGAACAUUUGAUAAACUUCCUUAGGUGGGAACAUUUUAUCAUCACGGUUUUUGUAUGAUUUUUUAGUUUUAGAAGACAUUCUCUGCGUGUUGGCUCCUUUAAUCUUUUGAUAUUUUUGGAUCUAAAAAUCUACGAGUUUCUAGUUCCAUGUUCUUGGUUAGUAUUGAUGCAGAAUUUGGCAUCCAACUUGGAUGGCCCAUACAGAACAUUAGAUGAAAACUUUUAAGAUGAUUCCCACUUUUUUUUCAUACCAUAACUAGGCACCUUGAAUCCGUCCUUGAUCAGUAAGGAAACAUCAAAGAAGGUUUUGACGAUACCACCCCGUGAGACAAUUAAGUGAUUGCUUUUUGUCUCCUAUUUUCUUGCCUACGCAGCUGUUUUGUUGAUGCUUCCUGCAUUCAACGACUCAUUCAAGGUCGUUUUUGCCCACUUCGAUCUGGAUACUUUUUACACAAUCAACUAAAGAAAAUCAAUGUUUGUUUUUAGCCAACUAUUCUGUGCUCGCCUUAAAAUGGGAAAUUGUUCUCACAUACGGGUACUUCUUUCAGGUUCUCAGCUCAUCAGAGAAACUGAAGCCUAAAGUCUCUAGAAGUGGCGACUUUGGGACGCUCUCAAAGGCUGGGCAGCAGUCAUCGCUGCAGCUCGUCGGUCAUAAUCUGCGUGCUUCUAGCCGGCCUGACAUCUCCAAACCAUCCCAUGUUGGGAAUUUCCAUGUCCUGAACCGCGAGAGGAAUGGCAUUUCACCGACUGCGAGAGAUGGCCAGAGCCCGAUGAAUACCUCAAGAGUCAAUCCAGCUGCAGUCGCUGCCACAACAGCCUUCUCCUUGAAGCGCUCCAACAGCCCACUGCUGAAAACAGACGGCAGGGGAACUGGCUUACCCGUGACGACGUUCAUCGAGAAAAGGCCGCCCAUCACCCAGCAGAACAGGAGCGAGUUCUUCAACUCUCUCAGGAAGAAGACAUCAGCGGGGAGCUCGUCUUCUACCACGGAGCAGAGCUCAUCUCAGUCACCUGCUUUGCAGAAACCAGAUGGGCAGGAGAUUGUUGAACUUUCCUCCAUGGACGGUGAAUCCAAGGGUGCUUCUGCAUCAGAUUCUCGCCUAGAGUUAUUAACAGGUAACAGAAGCAGCUCUCACGGGACCACCCCCGAUCCCUGUGAGGACUCCCAGAGUUCCUCGCCUUCCAAUGGAGAAAAGGGCUCGUGUCUAGAUCCGGAGGAAGAAGAGAGACUUCUACGAUUGUUUGGAUGGAAGGAGAACACGGGAGAAGAAGAGGAAGCAUUGACAGCAGAGGAAAUCGAUGCCUUCAUCGAGGAGGUUACCUUACCCGGCAUCCUUUUGUAGUAUUUUUUAUGUCUAUAUCUCAAUUAAUAUGUUAAACGGGUUCUGAUCACAUUUCGUGUUCUUGCAGUAUCAGAAGCUACGACCGUCUUCCAAGUUCACCCGCCGCAACCUGCAUCUUCCAGAGGAAUCUAGCGAUGGAAAUUCCGGUCUAAGUUCAAAAUCAUCCUAG